CUGGCAUUGCAAACUUUUGAAACAUGAGGCUCCACUACUUCACCCUUUUCCUUCUCUUGGUCCCUUUGAAGUUGAGCAGCAUUUAUGGCAUCUCUCCACAACCCAAUAAAUCAUUAAAGUCCUUACCCCCUGAGGCCUUCCUCUCCAUUGAUCACUAUCACACAACAUGUCCUGAUGCUGAAGGCAUCAUCUCACAGAAGGUUGCUGCUUGGGUUAAGCAGGACCCCACUUUGGCCCCUGCCAUCAUACGCCUUCAUUUCCAUGACUGUGCUGUUAGAGGAUGUGAUGGAUCAAUUUUGCUGAACCAUCUAGGGAGUGAGAGGACUGCUUUGGAGAGCAAAACCCUCAGAGGGUUCCAAUUGAUUGAUGAUAUCAAGGCUGAGUUGGAGAGGAAGUGUCCAAAAACAGUCUCUUGUGCUGAUAUUCUCACUGCUGCUGCAAGAGAUGCCACUCUUUUGGUUGGAGGACCAUUCUGGGAAGUUCCAUUUGGCCGCAAAGAUGGCAAGAUUUCCUUAUCAACAGAAGCCAAUUUGGUUCCCCAUGGCCAUGAAAACAUCACAGCUCUUAUUGCAUUCUUCCAAGAAAAGGGGUUAGACAUUCUUGACUUGGUCACACUCUCAGGUUCACACACAAUUGGGAGGAGCACUUGCUCUUCUGUUAUGGACAGGAUUUACAAUUUCAAUGGGACUCAAAAGCCUGACCCCUCAAUCAACGUGUAUUUCUUGAAAUUGUUGAGGAAGAGGUGUAAAUCAGAGAUGGAUUUGGUGCACCUUGAUGUUAUAACCCCAAGAACUUUUGACACAAUCUAUUAUACAAACCUUAUGAGGAAGGUGGGGUUGUUGUCAACAGAUCAGUCUCUCUUUUCAGAUGCAAGGACAGCUCCUUUUGUUGAAGCAUUUGCAACACAACCUUUCCUUUUCACUAGCCAGUUUUCAGUGUCAAUGGUGAAACUUGGGAAUGUUCAAGUUUUGACUAGGCCUAAUGAAGGUGAAAUAAGGGUUAAUUGUAAUCGUGUCAAUACUGUCUAACUUCUGUCCUACUUAAUAUGUGGUCUAUUUCAUUGCUCCAAUCUUACAUUUGGAAUGUCAUAGAAGACAAUAUAUACAUGUCUCUACUUCUGUG